AUGCUAGAAUCCCUGUUGAGAGAUACAUCCGUGAAGAUUUUCCAGGCAGGCGGGGCUGAUAGCCCUGUGGUCACUAAGCGCCGCUCUAGAAUGUGUGUUGGUGUUAAAGCUUCACACAAGCAUUUGGUGCCUGGUGGAAUUGUUCUGAGUUCCAGUGGCUCUGGUGCGACCUACUUUAUGGAGCCAAGGGAUGCCGUCAAGCUGAACAACACUGAAGUAAAACUCUCGGGCGAUGAGAGAGCUGAGGAGUUGGCAGUAUUGGGCUUACUAACUUCAAGAAUAGCAGAUUCCCGAACGAAGAUCAGGCAUUUGAUGGGGAAAAUAUUGGAGCUGGACCUGGCUUGCGCUAGAGGUUCAUAUGCCCUAUGGAUAAAUGGCGUGAGGCCUGCCUUCAGUGACAGGGAUAGCAGUAGUGAAUCGGACCCAAGUGGCGCAUAUUCAGUAUUUAUUGAAGGCAUUCGACAUCCUUUGCUCCUUGAACAGUCCCUUGGCAUUGCAGAAGAAUCGCCUGUCCCUUCAAUGCCUGUUCCAUUGGACAUGCAUGUGAAGAAUGAUACUAGGAUAGUUGUGAUCUCCGGACCUAACACCGGAGGCAAAACUGCUACUAUGAAGACCUUGGGAUUGGCCUCUCUUAUGUCAAAAGCUGGAAUGUUCUUCCCGGCCAAAGGAAGGCCUAGGCUUCCAUGGUUUGAUCAGGUUCUUGCAGACAUUGGUGACCACCAGUCUCUGGAGAAUAGUCUCUCUACCUUCAGCGGGAACAUAUCACGUCUUCGCAAGAUUGCACAAGUUGUAUCAACAGAUUCUCUUGUUCUUAUUGAUGAGAUUGGCAGCGGCACUGACCCAUCAGAAGGUGUAUCCCUUUCAACUAGCAUUUUGAAGUAUCUUGCUAGUAGACUAAACUUGGCUGUCGUGACAACCCAUUACGCUGAUCUAAGCCGUCUUAAAGCUGUUGAUGAUCGAUUUGAGAAUGCUGCAAUGGAAUUUUGUUUGGAAACCCUGAAACCAACAUAUCGAGUAUUAUGGGGAAGUACCGGUAAUUCGAAUGCAUUGAGCAUUGCAAAGUCAAUUGGCUUUGACCAGAAAGUACUCGAUCGUGCACAAGAAUGGGUUGAGAAACUAUUGCCUGACAAACAAAAGGAACGCCAAGGUUUACUUUACGGCUCUCUGCUGGACGAAAGAAACCUUCUGGAGUCCCAGGCAAAUGAAGUAGCAUCUGUUCUUUCAGAAGUUGAGGAUCUUUACAAUGAGAUUCGCUUAGAAGCUGAUGAGCUAGAUAACCGAGUAGCUGCUUUGAAGGCAAGAGAGUCUCAAAAGGUGCAACAAGAGUUGAAGUCUGUAAAGUCUCAGAUGGACCUUCUAAUCAAGAACUUUGAAGUUCAACUCAAGAAUUCAAAACUCGAACAGUACAACUCAGUAAUGAGGAAAGCAGAAGCUGCGACGGCUUCCUUGGCUGCUGCUCAUCAGCCAACUGAGUUUGCUGUCAGCGACGAUGAAAACAAGAGUUUAUAUGUUCCUCAAAUUGGAGACAAAGUGUAUGUUGAAGGACUGGGAGGCGGGAGUAUGGCCACUGUUGUCGAGAUACUCAGUGAAGAUGGGAGCUGUAUGGUUCAGUAUGGAAAAAUAAAGGUGCGGGCCAAGAAUAACAAGAUGAAGCUGGCCCAGAGAGACGCGAAGGAGACAUCGGCUUCUUCCUCGGCACAAGGAAAGGGAUCUCGAGCACAGAAGCGGUCUGCAGCGGGCACGGCGCAGACCGGCAGCGUCUCCUUUGCCCCGGCGGUGCAGACGUCGAGGAACACGGUGGACCUGCGGGGGAUGCGGGUGGGCGAGGCGUCGCAUGAGCUGGAGAUGGCCAUUGACGGGUGCAGGGCGUACCAGGUCCUGUUUGUGGUCCACGGCAUGGGCACCGGGGCGGUGAAGGAGUGCGCGCUGGGCGUGCUCCGGAGCCAUCCCCGGGUGGUGAGGAUCGAGGACGAGAGCCCCCUGAACUACGGCUGCACCGUCGCCUACAUCGAGUGA